UGUCGUGUCUCCUGCAACUUCAGUCCACAGGCUCCGGCAGAGAGUGACACCGGCGGACGGCGUGAGCUGGUUUGAGGGCAUUCUCCCAGUCAGACCAGUUAAGACUGGAGAAGGAUGUGGAGCGUCAUUCCUGCUGCUGCCUCACGGCUCUGAAACUUUUGUCGGUAAACACAACGCGGAGAGGAGCAGAGGAGGAGAGGAGGGCGCAGGACCCGCUGCCUGUGUGUCGCUCACCGGAGACGAUGGAAGACUCUGACUAGAUCCAGUACGGCUCGGAAACACCAUGGCAGUGGACGCGGCAUCCAGUUUCAGUUUCUGCAGGCCAGCUGUGGAGUACAGGGCUCUGCCUGAGGACUUCAAGCACCAGCUGAGCCGACGGACAGGUGGGAAUCUAACCUGGCAUGACGGUCGUGGGCAGAAAACCGCAGGGGGCAGGACGGUGAAGCUGCUGCAGCAGCCGGGCACAGAGGGCCUGCAGUACCGUUCCAGUGACAAUUAUGGGAUAUAUCACACGAGCCCAACACAGCCCAGUCUGAUCCGCCCCGUCGUGCUCUGGUCACAACAAGAUGUUUGUAAAUGGCUGAAGAAGCACUGUCCGCACAACUACCUAACCUAUGUGGAGGCAUUCUCCCAGCACGCCAUCACAGGCCGUGCGUUGUUGCGUCUGAACGGCGAGAAGCUUGAGAGGAUGGGACUGGUGCAAGAAACUCUUCGGCAGGAGCUGCUGCAACAGGUGCUGCAGCUUCAGGUGCAGGAGGAGGGACGCAACCUGCAGCUGCUCAGCAGAGGUGAGGGUUCCUUUGGAAGGAUAUCGUAGCCAGAUUGCUGGAAGAUGUGGAUGCGGUGGAACUAUGGGAUAUUUACUCAAAUAAACUCCAAUGUGAAUCAGAUCUGUGGGAUAAAUCCAUCUGAUGAGCAGCGAUAUCCAGAGUUAUGUUGCUGAUAGGAAGUUGGCAGCUUUUCACUCUGUGUGAUGAACAAACAUAAUCUCUACGAACUGACUAUGAACUGUGAUGAAAAAGCUCCAAGACAAUCUGUCAAUUUAUGGCUCUAUUCUGUGAUUAAUUAUUAUUAACUGUUUCUGUCUUACUUUCUCUACCUCUUUCUCUCUCUCUAUCAGACUUUUUUUUAAUGUCAGAAAACAAAAUAAAUAAAUAAAAAUAUCAAAAUAUUA